CCAGGGGGCCGUGGUGCACAAGGAAAUCCAGGCCUUCCUCCCCUUGGUACAGCCCCACCCCCAGACUCCCCUCAAAGUAAUGGACGUGGUCAAGGACAAGGUCAAACAACUCGAACUGCUUAUGCCUGUGAAGGAGCUAUGUUAGAUGUUUCAUGUAUAGAGGGCUGGGUCAUAAAGAUCAUUCGUGCCAAUUAUGGAAGGCUAACAUCAAAUAUAUGCAAUCCUCGGAAGGUUACAGAAAAUCUGAAAACUGAUUGCAUGUCAAUCCAGUCCCUUCGGGUUGUCAUGGAUAGAUGUGACGGGCUAAUACGCUGCGGUAUUCCAGCUAGUAAUGCAAUAUUUGGUGAUCCAUGUAAUACAACUCGAAAAUACCUUGAAGUUGAACAUUAUUGUCAGCCAGUACAAAAACCGACCACUUCAACAUCUACUUCAACAACUACCCAGGCAACGACCCCUUUAGCCACUACUAAAGUGGUUACCAUAGAUACUGUCUCAGAGUCUGAGAAACCUGACCCAGAAACACCUGUAACCAGAUCCCCGGGGCCAGGAAUCAAAACCCCAUCCCCAAGGCCAUCUGUGGAUCCAGUCACAGGUCCCCCAGUCUUCUGCAAGGCUGUCAUCAGGCGUUACAUCACUUGGCCGAAAACUAGGGCAGGGUUAGAAGUCCGAAGAGGGUGCCCUCACAAUACAACACCAGGUGCACACUUUGCAACAUGGAGGUGUGGGGAGGAUGGUGUGUGGAAGGAAGAGCCAGAUCUCAGUGAGUGUGUGUCUCCUAAAGUGAAGGCAUUGAAAAGCAGACUGGAUAAUGGUGAGGACCCAGAUGUGAUUGCUAAAGAUGUUAGUGAGAUAACAGCCAGACCACUGCAUGGUGGUGAUCUUUCAGCCACUAGUAGAGUGAUGAGUAAUAUCAUCCUAGAGACAGAGUCAAGGGUUAAACGACUGCCAAAGGCUGAGGCAAGGACACUUGUAGAGGAUGUCAACCAGGCUGUGGUGCAGUCUAGCAGCAACAUUCUGGAUGACUCGCAGUCUGAAGGCUGGCGCGAUCUCCCACAAGCAAAACGCACACAAGUAGCAACCUCUAUAGUGGUGAAUAUAGAAAGUAGUGCGUAUCAAGUAGCAGCGACUAUCACAACUCCUGGAGUCAUCUCUAAGGCUGACAGGAACAUCAUGGUUGAAGUAGAUGUUGUGUCACGUGACCAGAAGGAGGAUAUACAGUUCCCACACUCCUCCCACACAGGAGGCUCAGUAUGGAAGAGAUCUGUUGAUACCAUCACACUUACAGCCAAGACUGUCAUAGAGUUUAACCAGAAUGGAAUGACGAAGGUUGUAUUUGUGGCCUAUAACAACUUGAACAACUACCUGGGCUCAGAGCAACAAAACAAGGACAAUGUUUCACAAGUUGUCAACUCUAAAGUUGUCUCUGCAUCCAUUAAUGCCAGGAAGGAAAACUUACCACUCAAGGAUCCUGUUAUCUUUACCUUGAAGCACAAUUCAGACAAUACUUCUGGCUUAGACUCUGGGAACCCAAGAUGCUCUUACUUCGACUAUGAAAGCGAUUCUGUGGGCAGUUGGUCAGAGGACGGCUGCAGAGCUCUAUCCACCAAUAAGACACACACUGUAUGCUCAUGUGACCAUCUUACCAACUUUGCUGUCUUAAUGGAUGUUGUCGGAGUCUCGAUGGCCAGGCAGCAUGUGUUUUCCCUGACCUUGAUUACUUAUGUUGGAUUGAUCAUCUCCUUAGUCUGUCUGCUCUUGGCCUGGCUUACAUUCGUUUUCAUCAAAAACUUGCAGUGUGAUAGAAAUACAAUCCAUAAGAACCUGGUGUUUUGUCUCUUUGUGGCCAACCUUGUCUUCAUUGCAGGAAUCACACAGGCUGACAAAGUGGUAUUAUGCGCCAUCAUCGCGGCAGUUCUACAUUUCUUCUUCCUGGCCUCAUUUGCUUGGAUGUGUUUAGAAGGCAUUCAGCUUUAUGUGAUGCUCAUUGAAGUAUUUGAACCUGACAAGUCUCGCAAAUUGUACUAUUACCUAGCUGGCUAUGGUAUUCCUGGAUUAGUCGUUGGAAUAUCUGCUGCAGUUCGUCACCAGGGAUAUGGGACACCUGAAUAUUGUUGGCUGAGUGUUGACAAUGGCUUCAUCUGGAGCUUCGUUGGGCCAAUUGCAGCUGUCAUCCUGGUGAACAUUGUGAUGUUGAGUAUUGCCAUAUAUAUGAUGUGCAAACAUGCCAAUACAGCAUCACAGAUCAAAACACAGGAGAAGUCACGCAUGGAACAAGCAAGAUCAUGGAUUAAGGGAGCCGUUGUGUUGAUCGUGUUGUUAGGCCUGACAUGGUCCUUUGGUUUCCUGUAUGUGAGCCAGCAUACCAUUGCCAUUGCUUACAUCUUCACCAUUCUGAACACUCUCCAGGGCAUGUUCAUUUUCAUAUUCCACUGUAUUAUGAAUGAAAAGGUCCAGAAGGAGUAUAAGAAGGUUGUUAGGAGAACAGAAUGGCUGCCUGAUUGUAUCCGGGUCAAGUAUGGAGAACACAAGGGCCUCUCAUCUACACCUCCCCAGUCUACUUCUUCAAACAAUUUGUUUAAUAAAAUGCUGAGUGCAAGACGUAGGAAGAAGUCGUCAACUAGUACCCUGCCAAAAAGCUCUGGACCCAUAGCAUCAAAAUGGCAUUAUCAGAAUAUGAAACCGAAUAUUGAGAACCAGUCAAAUGGCGUCGAGUCAGUCUUUGCCGACUCUGGCCAGGGGUCAAGUGCAGGUCCUCUCCCUGAAAAACAUGACGUAGAAUCCCCUCCCCCACAGAUCAUAGUGGAUGAUGGAAUUGAUGCUGAUUUAUCAAUGAUUGAUGCAUCUAUAGUUGACAGUGAAUUUGUCAGCGAAUAUUGCAAUGCCAAUUUGGCAGUCACCAAUGAGAAGCCACCAAAAAGUAAACCUGCCGAUAAAUCAAAAAUAAGGUUGUCAGCUAUCUCAGAUAAGAUUGAUUUCGAAUCAGAGUUCAGUGAUGCUGAGCUGUUUAAAAUGACAGAUCGCAAAACGAGAGAUAUCGAAGAAGAAGAAGAAAAGAAGCCUCUGACUUCCAGAACUGAAUCGGAGGAAAACCUUAUGAACAAAUUAUUAGAAGAAACAGCUCCUAAACGUCAAUCUCUACAUAAAACAAUUAGUGAUUGUGGUAAUAUCCAAGGGGGGACACACCCCUGCCCCCCUGGGGAAGACCUAGGGGAUAGUAACACAGAUUUGUGUAGAAGCACUCCCAAUAUGAAAUUCAACCCUAAAGCUGUUGGGGCACAAAGACAUCUAAAUGACUCCAAGUGCCAGGCCAGUCUGCCAAAUAUUAAUCUCGCUUAUGAGGCCUCGGAUAAUUCCGAUGAAGACAGCCUUAAACGUCUAGUGUCUAAAAUCACCCAGUAUGCUAAUGAUGAUGGCCUGAUUACGCAUUUUCACGGCAAGGCAGUGAACAGAAAUAGCAAUGAUUCCAGUAAAUGGUACAAUAACAAUUCACCGUCAUUCAGGCCAACAUCUUCUGACUGUUAAUGAUGAGGUGUGACAAAAUAUUGACCAAAUAUUCAAAAUAUUCCAACGUAAUAAGGUGCAGAAAUGUAUUUUAUAGUGUAAGGUUAUAGUGAGUUUUAAGUGUCUUGAUUAUGCAUGGCUAUGGCUGAUGGACUUAGUCUCUCUUUUUCCACUUUGCCAAUUUUUGUUUUAUAAACAACACCGAAUAAUUUAUGAUGACAAGCUGCAAGAUUAUUUUCAAUUUUAGCUUAUCGAAUGUAAGUCUAUUGGCCUAACUUAAUAUUUUGCCAAAUGGAGUAGUUAAUUUGGACCCAGUUAAGAUUUUCUUAAUUAUAAUAAUGUAAAAUGUCCUGAAAUAGAAAAUGUAUUUAUAUUUGGUGAAAAAAAAAUUGAAAAAAUAAGAAUUUUGAGGAAAUAUGCAAAACUGAUCAAAUGCUGAAACAAGGCAGGCCUUUUUAGACGCAUGUGGAUUAUGUUCUGUGUUUUGCCUGCUGUACAAUACAGUGUAGUUUAGUAUAUUUAUAUACAUGUAUGAUAUUACUAUAUAUGUCACAUAUAUCUGUAUACAUGCACUUUGUAUUUUAAUACUACCAAAUUGAAACUGAAACAAUCCAUUUGAUAUAAUUGGUGCAGAUGUUAAAGGAUCAUGGGAUAUGGUUUGUACAUCAUUUAAUUAUGUCAUGAUUUUGACACAUAAGUGGUAUCAUAAGAGUAGUCUUUAUACAGCUGAUAAAUUUUUGAGCAAAAAGCAAAUGCAAAAGAUUUGUAAAUGGGAGAAAAUUUACUGUCACUCCAUGAAAUUUUUGAGUUGACCACUGACUUGAAGUGACAUGCAGAGUUUUUGAAGCCUAAAAUUAUAUAAAGUUUGUUCUUAGAUAACAUAUCUUGUUAAUAAGACUAAAAUUACCUAUAAAAUACACCGCACGAUGAAUAAAGGUUGUGACUCAAUCAUAGAAUGUGCUUGAUAUAAUAAUAUUAUGCAGACUAGAUUAUAUAUAGAUAAAUGUACAUGUAUUAGCACCGGAUAUCUAUAAUGGCAUUAAAACAGCACUGAGAUCUAUCUUAUAUUGAACAAUUUUGUUAUACAAAUGCUUUUAAACAGCAAACAUUUUCAUUCUAAAUAUUUGUAAAUGUCAUCAUUUUUGUGUUUUGCUCGUUUCUGUAGGCAUGUGUUAAAUCUUUUAUUUUGUUUAUAUGUACAAUUGUACUACAGCUGAUCCCUUUAAAUAAAUUGUUUUGAUGCAAAUAUUUUAGAAGAAACUGUUUUGAUGCUCUAGAAAUGCUGUUCAUGUGAAAAUGUAUUCAACAGUGAUUGAAUAUUUAGUGUAUGAAAUGUUGCCGAUUCAAGUGCCAUAUUUAGAAACUUUUAUUUGCUUUUGCUGUACCUUGAAAAGUAUUAUAUUAGUGACAUUUGAUUACAUAUUUGUAGAUUUUAGUAAAUCAGAGGACGCUGUCAAAGCCAUAUACAUGAUGAAUACAUGUAUUUCAAUCAGGUAUCUCUAUAGGUGCUUUUUGUAAAGAAUAUAGAAAUAAUGUUUCUUAGUACUUGGAAUCAGCUCACAGCAUGAUAUGCUAGGACUCACUAUACAUGAAUUGAAUUCAGAAGUGUGACGCAUGAUUUGCAUAAAAUGUGACACAAACCCGCUUAUGCUGUGACACAUUCUGUGAUUUAUAAAUAUUAUAUGUAUAUAUAUGUGGAUUGUACAUUUUGUUCUAAUGAAUAUUAUAUUAAGACAUUGAUGGGUCUCAGAGGCCUUCAUUUUGAAUAUUUUUUAUUUUGUAAACUUUAUGUGCAAAUAAAACUAUGAAUAAAUUGUAUUGACUAGCUCAUGUUUUUUUUAAAUGUGUUGAGAAAAUUAGAGUUUAAUCAAAGCCAUGUGAU